CUCCAAGGCUGGGCAGGAAUCGAAGAGACUGGAAGUCUCCGACGGCCGAGAGCCAACCUCACACCGCUACCUCCAUACCGCCGAGCACGAUCGACAUUGUUGCACGGCAUAGCGGGAUGAAGACAUGACUGCCUCUGAGCCUGCAGUGUCCGCUGCAGCAACACAGGACGCCACUACUACCAAGCCACUGCUCCCCGGCAUCGACAAGGACUGUCGACUAGGCCCUUUGAUUGGAUGGCCGGAAGACCUGCGAGCGUACGCCUUGACUAUAGCAUCUGUACCAUACCCGGCAGCUCUGCUUUGGGAGGACGAUUUCUUAUUACUACACAAUGAUGCGUGGGAGAACAUGGGCGGUAUCACCGCGCAAGGCCAGCCGCAGAGGGACUCUUUCUCGAAAUCCACCCUGGAGACACUCAGAUCUGUGCGCGAAGAUGGCAUGCCGGAGGAAGUACGAACGCGCGACCUGAUCCGCGAGAUCACAUCCGAGAGCAAGAAGGUGUCCACUUGCAUCCUGAGUCCACUGCAGCCCAACGGUAUCAUGAUCCAGCUUUUGCCAAAGCCAAGAAUGUAUCAGUCCAUGCAGAUUGGUGGAGGAAGACCGGACAAGGUCGAUUAUUCAACCGUCAUGAACGACGAUACCAACGGUGAUGGCGACCACACAGACAGUCAAGCUGGUGAUAACAUCCCAAUCGACGAGCAUCCAUUCUUCCGACGCUUCGCGGAAAUGUUGCCUUCUGGACUGGCCAUCUUGGAUCGCAACGCUCAAGCUAUUUUUGUUAAUCAGCAUUUCUUCGACUUGACGACCCUCCAGCGAGACGACGAAGAAUUCACAUCUUGGCCUCAAAGUAUCCACCCAGAGGACUAUGACCGGGUCAUGGGAGCCUACAAGAAAGCUUUCCAGUCCCAAGAACAAUUGAGAAUCGAGUUCCGCGCAAGAGACGAACCGCACCCUUGGAGACUUCUUCUUCUAACGCCCUUGGGCGACGAGAAUUUCCAGCACGUGUCUACGCGAGACUCAGGUGGCUUCAUUUGCAGCAUUGUCGAUAUCAGCUCAGAAAAGGGCGCCGAGCUUGCAGAGCGCAAAGCCGCGCAGCAGGCACGCGAGCGCAAGGAGCAGCAAGAGCGUUUCAUCGACAUGAUCAGUCACGAGAUCCGCAACCCUCUUUCGGCAGUGCUGCAUUGCGCAGAAGACAUCACCGACGCGAUAUCAGGCGACAAAACAGAAACCGACAUCAGCAUGAUCCGAGAAGCCGUGGAGACGAUACAUCUUUGCGUGAAACAUCAGAAGAACAUUGUCGAUGAUGUGCUAUCGUUUUCCAAGCUCGACGCUUCUCUGCUGUCCCUCGUGCCGACCCCUUCUGAGCCUAGCCGCCAAUUACAGGUCACCUUGAAGAUGUUCCAGCAUGAGUUUCGGAAAGAGCAAAUGGGGUUUGAAUACACGGUCGACGACUCAUAUAAUUCAGCCGGGGUGAAUCGAGUGAUGGCUGAUAUACCGCGGAUUGGUCAAGUUCUCAUCAACCUUGUCACGAACGCGAUCAAGUUCACUCAGCGUAGCAAGGGAGAGAAGAAGUUGACCUGCUCUGUUGGAGCCAGCCUGGAGCGGCCAGAUAGCUACCCGCCCAAUGUCGUCUUCUUCGAAUCCGAGAAUUCAGCCUACAGGAUCGAUGCCACGAACACAAAAGAGUGGGGAUCCGGCGAGGCGCUCUAUAUCAUGGUGGCAGUCAAGGACACAGGAAUCGGCAUCAGUCAGGAAGGCCAGCGACGUUUAUUUGAGAGAUUUCGACAAGCAACACCGAAGACAGAAGAGGUAUAUGGAGGCAGCGGCCUCGGACUCAACAUCAGCCGUAAAAUUUGUCAUUUGCACGGUGGCGAAAUCGGCGUUAGUAGCAAAGAGGGAGAAGGGAGCACGUUCGGAUUCUUUUUCAAAGUCAAGCGGACCGAGGACAAUGACGGGGAAUCAACGAGCCCGCAAGAGGAGCAGGAUGGCAUUGAAAGGAUCCGCGGGCAAAUACACGCCGAGUUGCAUAGCCCUGUCUCACCCCAUGGAAGAGAGCCCUUUUCGUAUACUCCACGCGCGGCAACCAAACCCGAGGGUUCAUCAUACUUCGAGGAGAGGCCCGCGGAGGAAGAGGUCGAUGGUCCCGCGGCGGUGGACUACGAGAAGAACGAUUUAUAUGGCGACGCGGAAAGACCUUCGAUCUCGAAAGUGCAUCUCUCAGGAGAAAGCAAAGUCUCAGACGACGUAACGGGGAACAAAUCUGCGGAGCACCAAUUGCCAAGUCGGCCAAAGACACAACGCACAGGCUCUAAGGCGCAUGUGCUACUCGUGGAGGACAACGUCAUCAACCAGCGAAUUGUGUUCAGGAAAUUGGAAGCCAAGGGCUUCAACGUUACGACAGCAAACAACGGCAAAGAAGCCGUCGAUGCUGCGAGGAAUGCUCCCAAAGGCUCUUCUGGGGACAAGGGAGCCUUUGAUAUCAUUCUGAUGGACCAGGAGAUGCCGAUCAUGGACGGCAAUGCCGCGACGAAAGCCAUACGCGAACUCGAGGAGCGCGGUGAAGUGGAACGAGUGCCCAUUCUCGGCGUGACAGCAAAUGUACGAGGCGCUCAACAGGAGGAGAUGCUGAACAACGGCAUGGACGAUGUCAUCUCGAAGCCCUAUAUGAUCGAGGAGAUGGUGAGUUGUAUCAUGUCCAUUGUUUUCCCCGCCCGACUGACGAGUACCAGGUCACGAAGAUCAAUGAAGUCGUAG